UAGCUCCGCGCCGUAAUUCGCCAGUUUCAUAAUUCCUUACUCGAAAGAUGGCAAAUAUUUUAGUAAAAUUCGUGUCACAAAAAGUGAACAAAGUACGCUGGCAACCAGGUGAUUUGCAGGGGCUACAUCCGUCGAAUGUUUUUGUUACAGGAAGCUGGGAUAAUGAUGAAAAUAAGAUAUGCCUGUGGCAUUUGCCGAAAAGCACCGAGAAAGGAAAAAAUGUCUUAAAUGGCGAUGGGAUCUCAUCCUUCGCCAAGGGCCAUGUGGAUUUGGAUUGGGUGGACAAGGAACCUCAACUUGUUUGUCAAGAAAACCAUAAAGGAGACGUCACUGAUUUAAAGUUUGUGAACUCAGAGACACUUCUAGCUUCAUCGUCAGCCGGGACAGUCCAGGCUUACAAGUUAAUGCACGGAGCUCAGAAACUACACAGUAUACAACAAUGGCAAGACCUGCACAGACUUCAGACGAGGUCGUGUCCGUGUACAUGCAUGGCAGUUAGCGGCACAGAUAUAACCACCGCCGGGGAGGAUGGAAGAUUAAAUGUACUCAGAUUGGAUCACAAACAUCCCAUCAGAACUAUAGAUGAGGCAGACAGUAGUACCAUUAAUGCUCUAACCUACUUGAAAUCUCAUCAAGUCAUUUCUGUGAACUCGACCGGCCAGAUGAAGAUAUGGGACCUAAGGCAGCCUGGCUCACAACCAACAAGGGUCUUCCUUCUAACUGGUGAGAAGACUGCCCUUCAUUGCAUCGACCGGCAUCCAACCCAAGCGCAUCUUGUCGCUGCCGGAAGCCAAGACAGUGUUCUCAACUUCUGGGAUUUGAGGCAAGAAAAAUUCCCGGUCACGCUCUUCGACGGUCACAAAGGACCAAUUUGGGAGGUGAAGUUUCACCCAACCUACUCCGACCACCUGUUUACAUGUUCAGAGGAUGGUUCUGUCUUUCACUGGAAUGGGUCUGGUUCUCCACUGGGCUCACAACAUGCAACUGGAACAGGUGAUGCCAUCUACCCAAGCUUGGGUCUUGGUGGACUCCCAUCCAAGCCAUCGGUCAGCUCUCCCACCAGUCCAUGGCUGAACAACGAUCAAGUCGACAUCAGCCACGUCUUACCUUCCAACAUCAUGCCCGUCAAUAGUAUCGAUGUUGAGGGCGACAAACUCGUUUGCGGUACAGACGGUGAAGCAGUAUUUGUAGUGAAUGGUCUAGGGCUUAGAUGAAGAGGAGUACAAUGUACAUGUACAUUAAAGGGUUGUAUCCUGUGUUAUAGCCACGGUGGGCAGUGCCCGGCUGGCCUGCCUAAAAAAAUUCGCCCAGCAGUCUGAGCAAAGUAUACUGUUCUGCCCAGCACAGAUUUCUCCCAGAUGGCACUUCUGCAAGGAUGGCCCCAUUUCUAAACAUAAGUUAGUUAUGUCUAGUCUAGUUGGUAAGACACUGCUCUAGAUUUACAACGGUCGUGUGUUUGAAUCACUGCCUGUGAUUUGUUUUCACAAAGCCUUGGGAGAAUACCAAGAUGGCGGCACCAUGAUAAAGGUAUAUAGCUGUAGCCGCUAGUUCGGACACGGCAGUAGCGUGUGUCACUUUAAUGGCUGAAUAAUCAACGAUUUCAAUCUUGAGAUUUCCAAGUAUACAGCGCUAACACUAAUCGGUGUAUGUAUAUAGAUUUAAAAAAAAAAAAAAAUUAAUAUUCUUUAUUCCCGAUGCAAAUUUCCAUCUAUUAAUAAUUUUGUUGAAACACGCCCCUUGGUGGAUUAAAUUGGAUUUAGAGCCCACCACUAAAAUUGGUCUAGCUAGAACACUGGUUGUAUCCGAUUCCUCUUAAAGGAUGUUUUCCCUUUAAGUUCUAAAGGCAGGGGAAACUUCUGGUAACUGUCAAAGACCAGUAUCCUCACUCGGUGUAUCCUGAACAUGUGCAUAAAAUAACGGUGUAUAUUUAGGCUCAGUUGGUUGUCAAAGUUGCCAGAGAAUAAUGCCAGAAAGCUACAUCCCUUUUUUGCAUUGAAGGGUGUGUUUUUUUGACAGCUCAGAAAGGCUCACGCCUGAAAUCUUUCUCAGAAUAAUGAAGGAAAAAACACCUCUGUUGCACAACUUUGUGUGCUUUCAGAUGCAUAAUAAAAGGCUUCAGC